CAACCUCUUUUACAACCACCCCCUCCCCCCCUUCCACUCUCUUUCCAAGUAAACUUUUAAGUGCUGAGCUUCAACCUUUUUUUUCUUUUUUGUUUUCUAUCGUUUGCAUUUUGGGGACGAUGAGUUUUCUGAGACCAUGUGCUUUGUACAAGUCAUUUAUAACUUUCCCUUCGCGACGAUGGAUGCCUUGCCAGAGUUGGGGUUUCCUUAGAUGGCCUGGUUUCGAUGGCUUCUUUAGGUUCCUAGUCAUAGCACUUUUAUGGUCCACCUUUUCUGAGAUUCGUUUCAUUCCUUCUUCUUCUAUGUACCCUACUCUUCGUGUUGGUGAUCGAAUCAUUGUUGAAAAGGCCUCGUAUUUUUUUAGAAGUCCUGCAAUAAAUGAUAUCGUCACAUUCCGACCCCCAGAGCAGGAGACUGGGUUUGGGAAGGAUGCUGUUCUUAUUAAGAGAGUUGUGGCAAAAGGUGGAGAUUUGGUUCAGGUUCAUCAUGGGUCACUCUAUGUCAAUGGUGUUGCUCAAAAUGAAGAUUUCAUAGCUGAACGACCAUCAUACACAUUAGAGUUAAAGUAUGUUCCUAGUGGUCAUGUUUAUGUGUUGGGAGACAACCGUAAUAACAGCUACGACUCGCAUGACUGGGGCCCUCUGCCUGUGGAAAACAUUGUUGGAAGAUAUGUGAUGUGCUGCUAUAGACCAUCCAACCACUGAAACCUGCUGCAAAUUCAGGGAUGUAGUUUACCUGAAGUGUAGAUACAUGUUGUACUCGCGUUGCCAAUUUUUUCUAUGGAUUUACUUCCGGAUGCUAUCGAUGUAAGCUUGUUUAUAUGGCUAUAAAUUGAAUCCUAGACAGUAGUAGUUUCAUGAUUGUGGAUGGUUAAGAGUUGAGAAACACUAGUGUUUGUUUCAUACUUCCUUCUUAGAUGGAUCAGUAAAUAAAUUAGAGUUUAUUUUUAAUUA